CCUACAUAAACCCUCAAAACACUUCAUCACCUUUCUUCCUAGAUAGGUAUGUAUGUGUUAUGACAAACAAACACUCUAUCCUGUUUUUAACUGCCCAAACGACUUUCCAAACAAGGAAACAGAGUCCUCUGCAUUCUCGCUUCACAAACCAAACUCCAAAUCUUCACUUUUUCUCCACUUUUCUCUCAUUUCUAAUUCAAACCCCUUUCCCUGCCCUCAAUUUCUGCUCCACUCGGAUUACGCUGCACUUUCUCUCUUCUUCUUCUCCUUCUUUAUUUACUUUUCUUAUUCUUCUCUGUUUCCAUGUUUUUUCCACUCCUAUUUUUCUUCUUUGCUUCAUGUCAAAUUCCUCUCAAAUUCAUCAAUAGAUUCUAUAUAUGAACACACUUCACAAACGUUAACCUCAAGCCAAGCCAAGGGCGAAUUGAAUUAACACAUCGGAACCGUACAUAUCGAAUUUGUUUAAUUUUCAAAAUGAACUAUUUGUACCCUGUGAAAGAAGAGUACUUUGAAUCGCCACCACCAUCCUCCUCAUCGUCGCCAACGUCUCAAACAGGCGGUGAUGAGUCAGCAGUGGUUUCUCUUCCGAGGCCAAUGGAGGGGCUUCACGAAGUAGGGCCACCCCCAUUUCUGACCAAGACUUAUGAUGCGGUGGAGGACCCUACCACCAGCCACAUAGUUUCAUGGAGCAGAGGUGGUGCCAGCUUUGUGGUUUGGGAUCCUCACGCUUUCUCCAGAGACCUUCUCCCUCGAUACUUCAAGCAUAACAAUUUCUCCAGCUUUGUACGGCAACUAAACACUUACGGUUUUAGAAAAAUUGAUCCCGAUAGGUGGGAGUUUGCGAACGAAGGAUUCCUGAGAGGGCACAGGCAGCUUUUGGCAAACAUAAGGAGAAGAAAGCAACCUUCUCAGCCUUCUAGUUCUCAACAAGGGCAAGGUCACUGUGUUGAAGUGGGUCGUUUUGGACUGGAUGAAGAGGUUGAUCGUUUAAAGCGUGACAAGCAGGUGUUGAUGAUGGAGCUGGUGAAGCUGAGACAGCAGCAGCAGAAUACGAGGUCGUACCUUGAGGAAAUGGAGGAGAGGCUACGAGGGACAGAAAUUAAGCAGCAGCAGAUGAUGUCUUUCUUGGCUAGAGCUUUGAAGAACCCCACCUUCAUCCAGCAGCUGCUCCAGCAGAAAGAGAAGAGGAAGGAGCUUGAAGAGGCCAUGUCAAAGAAGAGGAGAAGACCAAUCGAGCAAGGGCCAAGUGGGGUUGGAGAAUCAAGCAUCGGAAUAAGGGGAGGGAGAAACAGCGUUAAAGUGGAGUCCCAUGUGUUUGGGGAAUAUGGAUUUGGAGUGUCAGAGUUGGAAGUGCUGGCUUUGGAGAUGCAAGGUUAUGGUAGGGGAAAGAGGGAACAAGAGGAAGAGCCCGAGGCACUAGAAUCACAGGAGAGGUUGGAGAAAGAGCUGGAUGAAGGUUUCUGGGAAGAACUUUUCAGUGAGGGUUUUGAGGGUGAAUUAGAUAUUCCAACUUCACAAGACCCAGAUGACGAAGAAGAUGUGAAUGUGUUAGCCAAUCGCUUUGGUUACUUAGGGUCAAGUCCUAAAUGAACCGCAUAGGGUCAUGAUCAGUUGCUUCAAUCACUCCUGCGAAGGGCAUCUCAUUUGGCAGGAUAUAUGUGGAAAUGAUUUACUUUUUGGUGUUUCUAACCCCCAUUAUAUGAUCAUGUACUUUUGUAGCACUUGGUAGAACCUCAAGUUUUUUCUCACUUUUCGAUCUCUAUGUUUGAUUAGGUAGGUUGCAGCUGUUGCUUGGACAAGAAUCUGUGGUAGUGAUAGCGAACGUUAUUUACUCAAAGAUUAUUCAGAAGCUGUAGAAUGGAUACGAAGUAGCUGAUCUCCAAGAAUCAUAACUGAUUUUGAACCAAGAUCCAGUUGGUGGUUAACCUUGAUGUUGAUAUUAUUCUCUCUCUCCUUUGGGAGAAUAAAACUAAAAAUGACAAGUAUUGGUGAUGUUCUUCAUUUGUGGAGAAAAUUUAAUAUGCAGAGUGCAGAACACUGGAUCAGAGUGAAAUGUGGCAGAAUAAUUAAAUAAAUUGAGAAUAAAAUAUGGACCAUAUUACAAGAACAUGUAUGAAUAUCUGGACAUGUAGUACUAUGAAUACCACACAAUUUUAUGUAGUGGUGGAUUGGUUAGUACGUAGUAAUGAUACAGAAUGGACUGGUUCACACAUUUGGAUGACACAAUUUAUACAACAGGAGGAAUCACAUAAAGAUGCAAACAUUUACCUAAACUAGAUGAUAUUUCAUAUUCAUGCUUAGGGUCAUAUGAAAGCACGUGGCUUUUCUUUUUUGAUGCUAUAAUCUUCGUGUAUGUGUUCAAGAUUGCUUUUCUUGUCGUUUUCGUUAUGCAUUUAGGUCGAACAAGUACAUGCAUGGCAGAAACAAUAGAAAAGCACAUAAUUUUUGAGAAAAAAAAACAUUAAAAAAAAUCAAAAGAAAAAUGAUUUCUUAGCUGAUGUAUUUCUUUCUACUUUGAGGUCAUCACAAACAACCAAGAGAAGAGAUCGGACGAAUUCCUUAAAAUUUAGGGACCAAUUGUGUCUUUUUCGUAAGAAAGAAAGCCCAAAUUUUGGUUGGCUCCAACCCACCUACCAAAAAGGUGAUACUGUAGUUACUUAGUGGUUUACGCAAUAAUAUGAUAAAUCAUAUACUAAUACAUAAUAUUUUUUUUAUUAAGAAAAUGAUUUGUACCGGCAAUGUAUUAAGUAUUAUAUAAUGUAGAUUUAAUUAAGGUUUUAGUCUCUAUAAUUUGAAUCUCUUUUGAUUUUGUCU